AUGAACACUGUCACCGCUCUCGCCGGCGCGGCCGCCUUUUUCAUCUUCAUCACCUCACUACUCCGUCUCCGUCUCCGUCUCUGUCACCCACUCUUCGGCAGCGGCACGGGCGGCAAGAACGAUGGUAAAAGCAAGAGCAUGCAGCUGCCGCCAAGUCCCCUUGCCAUUCCAUUCCUCGGCCACCUCCACCUCCUCAAGAGGCCGUUCCACGCCGCGCUCUCCAGCCUCGCCGCGCGCCACGGCCCAGUCUUCUCCCUGCGCCUCGGCUCACGCGGCGCCGUGGUCGUGUCAUCGGCAGCGGGCGCCAGGGAGUGCUUCACGGACCACGACGUGACCUUCGCCGACCGACCGCGGUUCCCCUCGCUGGAGCUGGUGUGCUUCGGCUGCACCACGCUCCCGACGUCCCCCUAUGGCCCGUACUGGCGCAACCUCCGCCGCGUCGCCACGGUGCAGCUCCUCUCCGCGCACCGGGUGGGCUGCAUGACCGCGGACAUCGCCAGCGAGGUGCGCGCGAUGGCGCGCCGCCUGUCACGGGCCGCCGUGGCCGCACCCGGCGCCGCCGCACUGGUGGAGCUCAAGCGGAGCCUAUUCGAGGUGUCCCUUAGCGCCUUGAUGGAGACCGUCGCGCAGACGAAGACGUCGCGCCCCGAGGGGGCCGAGGACACUGACAUGUCGCCGGAGACACAAGAAUUCAAGAAGUCGCUGGAUGAGAUCGUGCCUCUGUUCGGCGGGGCCAACAUGUGGGACUUCCUGCCAGUGCUACGGUGGUUUGACGUGUGCGGCGUGAGGAACAAGAUCGUGGCUGCGGUGAGUAGGAGGGACGCGUUCUUGCGGCGGCUCAUAGACGCACAGCGGCGGAGGCUGGGCGACGGCGUCGGCGAGGGGGAGAAGAAGGGCAUGAUCGCCGUGCUGCUCGAUUUGCAAAAGGCAGAGCCGGAGAUCUACACGGACAAGGUGAUCAUGGCUCUGUGCAUGACCAUGUUCAGCGCAGGGACAGAGACAACGGCGACGGCGGCGGAGUGGGCGAUGGACCCGGCGACGUGGGAGCACCCGACGGAGUUCAGGCCGGAGCGGUUCGAGGACGGGAAGGCCGAGGGUAUGUUCAUGAUGCCGUUCGGGAUGGGGCGGCGCAAGUGCCCCGGCGAGGCCCUCGCGCUGCGGAUGCUGGGCAUGGUUCUGGGCACGCUGGUGCAGUGCUUUCAUUGGGACAGGGUUGAUGAUGCUGAGGUUGACAUGGGCGAAGGAGGUGGGCUGACGCUCCCCAAGGCGGUGCCGCUGCAGGCGAUGUGCCGACCGCGGGCAGCCAUGGCCGAUGUCCUGCGGGGGCUGUGAGACUGUGACCGCUGGGAGGCGCACGUCGUGGAGGUAAAUUGUACCGCGCCAUGGAUUAUAUCGAGCCUUGCUCUGACAACCAUCGGAUCUU